GGUGUACCGGCUCCUCCCCUCCAGUCUUGCACAGGUGUACCAGCUCCUCCCCUCCAGUCUUGCACAGGUGUACCAGCUCCUCCCCUCCAGUCUUGCACAGGUGUACCAGCUCCUCCCCUCCAGUCUUGCACAGGUGUACCAGCUCCUCCCCUCCAGUCUUGCACAGGUGUACCAGCUCCUCCCCUCCAGUCUUGCACAGGUGUACCGGCUCCUCUCUUCCUCGGCCUGACUGUCCCUGCCCUGCCUUUUCCAUUCAUUAGAUGUGGA